AACUGUUUUCCUCCACACAGAAGAAGCUGUUCUUCAUCAUCACCAUCAUCAUCAUCAUCAUCAUGAAGACUGUCCUGGUCCUCUCUGUUCUCCUGUGCGCUGCUUUUGCAGCUCCAGCUGAAGACAAACAGAAGCCUGUUGUUGAAGCAGCAGUGGAGGCACCGAAAGAAGAGGCUGUAGCAGCAGUGCUGGAUGAGAAGAAAGAGGAGGAAGUAUUUGUGCCUGUUCUCAGAAAUGCUGCAUCUGAGGAGGCAGCAGCACCUGAAGGUCGUUUUAACGUGUGUCCAGACGGCUGGUUCAGCCACGGCUCUCGCUGCUUCUUGUUCGUCAACAGCCCCAUGUCCUGGUACAACGCUGAGGAGCACUGCAACGCCCUGGGUGGACACCUGGCCUCAGCCACCAACCCCAGAGAGUACAGCUUCCUGCAGCAGAUGACAAUGACAGGCAGCCAGAGCAUCGCAUGGCUGGGAGGCUUCAACCUGCAGGGCCGCUGGAUGUGGAUCGACAGAGAGGGUUUCUACUACACCAACUGGUACAGCCCAUCCUCCUCCAGCAGCUCCCCCUGCAUGUACUUACGCAGCAGCAAUGGUUGGGGUAACACCCAGUGUGGAACUUCACUGCGUUUCAUCUGCUCCAAGAACGCAUUCGGCUGCUGACAUGGAAACCACA